AUGAGGAAGUGGAAGAAUUGGAUUUGCGUGCGCGCGGGAGCGGCGGUGGCCUCGGCGUGGCAGAAGGCGGCAGACCGAGCAGAUCUACGCGACCCGGCCGUGGGCAGCUACCGCUACGUCGAGGAGGAGCGAGACUACAAGCCUCUGCUUCCCCCGAAAGUGGCCAACCCAGCCAAUGCCACCGACUUCCUCUUCGUGCCGUACACGCUGGAGCGGCUGAUCAGUUACGGGAUCUUCAUAUGCAUGGACUCGUUCCUGUUCGUGUUCACUGCCCUGCCCAUCCGGGCAGCCAUUGCUCUCUACCACCUCAUCCUGCGGCACCGCAAGCUCCACGCCAUACAGAAGGUCGACAUCCUCAAGGUCAUCAUUCUCGUCCUCGGCUACCUCUUCCUGCGGCUGCUCGACAUUCCCAGUUUGUCGUCCUUCAUGGCUAAGGAGUCGCUGUUGAAGAUCAAGUAUCUUGUGACGCUUCUUGUGGUGAUGGAUCGGCUGAUGAGCAGCUACGGCCAAAACAUUCUGGGCAGUCUCUUCUGGGCCGUGAACCAGCCGGCCAACAAGGUGAAGCGUGGCUACUACUGGCACUUCAUCCUGUCGAUCAUUUACGUCAACGUUCAUUCAACGUUCCUGCUGGGCUACAUUGCGGUGAUGGACGUGGCGAUGGAGGGCAAGAACACUGCCCUGCUCACCCUCCUCAUCCUCAUUCAAUUCGCCGAGAUGAAGUCGGCCGUGCUCAAGGAGCUCAGCCAGGACAAGCUCUGGGCCAUCUGCUACAACGAUAUCGUGGAGCGUUUCCAGUUGCUGGUGUCGCUUGUGCUUCUCUUCUUCUAUAACAUCUCCAAACACCACAUCAACUCCUUCUGGGAUGAGGAUUGGCUGACGGCAAGCGAGUGGCUGCGCCCGCUCCUGUUUUCUCUGCUGAUCAUCUACCUGUCGGAGCUCACCGUCGAUUGGCUCAAGCACACGUCGAUUAUCAACUUCACUGACCUUAGCCCACACAUGUACACCGAACUGGCCUACAAGAUCAGCAAGCGCUUGCUCGACGUCGACGAUAAGAGCUUCCUCACUGAUCGGACACAAAACAUCGCAACUGGCGAUUUGGGAGUGAUGCCCCUCUCCCUCGGCGUGCUGGUGCUCAAGGUGAUUGGUGAUUGGAUGCCGAGUGGACUUAACGGCCUCGCGGUGGUGGUGGGCCUCUACCUGCUGGGCCUUCUCCUGCGACAUCUUUCUGGCAUGCUGCUCUCGAUCUACACCCGCCGCUUCCACGCCUACAAGCAACAGUCGGGCACGGCGGGGAAGCUCUUCCUCCGUUGA